AUGGAGUCUUCCAUCGAGCAGCCUGGCCAGACAAGCCAAGAUAUUAUCACACCAGCAGAUAAUAAAACUGUCACGCCUACGAAUAAGCUGAACGGGUACCUGGUGGAGAACCUUCAAGAAGCCAGGGAACUUUUCGAGUUGAGGAAGAAAGGUUGGACGAGCGACAAGGGAGACGAGCAUUUCAAGAAGCAGCGAGAAAACGCCGACAACGCCAAUGAGAAGAAUCAGCUGGGAUUCUUCAAGCUCAUGAUAGGCGUGGGAUUCCAGAUAAACAAAGCUACAUCGGCCUUCCGCAUCAAAAACACCUGGAACAACAGCUCCUCAAGAACCCCCACGGUGCUGGAUCUGUGCAUCGCGCCCGGCGGCUUCGCUUUUGUAACCCUUAAACUCAACCCCAAGGCCAUGGUGUACGGCAUCACACUGCCUGAUGACAAGGGAGGCCACAAGAUGCGCGUUCUCGACGAGGGCCAGAAGUUUGCAUCCCAUGUCAACAUCGAGUUCCGCGAUAUCACUAUGCUGGCCUCCGAGAUGGGCUGCGAUCCCACAGACAUCCCAGCAGACCACCCGGACGCGGCCGAGUUCUCCUUCGAGCGGCCCUUUGCCGACCUCAAGUUCGAUCUCGUCUUCUGCGACGGUCAGGUCCUGCGGAAACACGAGCGCAGUGGCUACAGGGAGGGUGGUGAAGCCGCGCGUUUGACCUCAUCGCAGCUCGUCAUGGCUCUGCAGAGGAUACGGUCCGGCGGCACGAUUGUCGCCCUCAUGCACCAGGUGGACGUCCUGCGCAGCUUCUGCACGCUGAGUCACUUUGCGUCCUUUUCCAAACUGCGACUCUUCAAGUCUGCCAAGACGCACGGCACGCGGUCCUCCUUCUACCUCGUUGCCUCCAAAGUUCGCCCCGACUCUGAAGGGGCCAGACUGGCCAUUGAGGAGUGGAAGGGUGUUUGGAAGUCGGCAACUUUCGAUCCUGUCGAACGUCAUAACAAGAGGAUGCAUAGUGAGCUGUCCUUGGAGCAGUUCGACAAGAUGCUGAGCGAUUUCGGUCCCCAAUACCUCGAACUGGCCCGCCCCGUCCUGGCCAUCCAGGCAGAAGCCCUGCGGAACGCGUCAUGGAUGAAAUAGCUGAACCCUUGAAGCAAAUUCCAACCUUUGUGACAGAAACAGUGGGACGAGGCGGACAGCGGGUGACAUAGGUCCAGAAGACAGCAAGAUGGGAAAGGACUUUAGACAGUGCAGAAGCGGGCAAAGAAAGCAAGCCUGGCUAUCUUGUCCUACAAUCCUUGUCGCAGCUGGAGACAAAUGUACAAACAGUGGCACCGGGUUAUCGAUUAGGGGCAGCUGAGAGCCGAGAAUCAAGUACUCGACGUGUAAACGUGUACCCCUGCAUUCUUUUCGUAAUGCUUAUACUCGUUCCCCAGAAACAAACUUCCCAAAACGUACCUUUAUUACACUUCACGAUACCCCAGAGAUCUAAAGAGCCGAG